GCGCCGCCGCCCCCCGCCCGCUCGCCCGCCCGCCCCGGCCGCGUCGGAGGGCCGGCAGCGGGGCUGGAUGUGCCCGGCUCCCCCCGCGCUGAGGUGGGCAGCGAUGCAGAAGGCAGGCGGCAGCUUCGCCUCCGCCGAGAGACACCCGCUCAAGAUGGCAGAUGUGUGUUGAGUUUGGGGGGCUGCGAUCUCGCGUCGUUCGUGGCGGCGUUGCCAUGAAUAACAGGCGUCCUUGCACCGAUGGCCCCCAUGUACGAAGGUAUGGCCUCGCAUGUGCAAGUUUUCUCUCCUCAUACCCUUCAGUCAAGUGCCUUCUGUAGCGUGAAGAAACUGAAAGUGGAGCCGAGUUCGAACUGGGAUAUGACUGGGUACGGCACACACAGCAAAGUCUACAACCAGAGCAAGAACGUGCAGUCCUCCCAAGCAGCCGCCGCAGCAGCCGUCAACGCCUCCCUCCAGAUCCCCAAUCCGAGCAUCCCUUACGAGCAGACCAUCAUCUUCCCAGCAAGCACGGGGCACAUUGUGGUUACAUCGGCCAACAGCACUUCUGGUGUGGUUGCAGUGUCUGGGCAAACACUGGGCGGGCCACACAACCUGAUGCGUCGCAGCACUGUGAGCCUUCUGGACACCUACCAAAAAUGUGGACUUAAGCGCAAGAGUGAGGAGAUCGAGAACACAAGCAGCGUGCAGAUUAUCGAGGAGCAUCCGCCAAUGAUUCAGAACAAUGCCAGUGGGGCCACUGUAGCCACCGCCACCACCUCCACGGCCACUUCCAAAAACAGUGGUUCCAACAGUGAAGGGGAUUACCAGCUGGUCCAACAUGAGGUGCUCUGUUCCAUGACCAACACGUACGAAGUGUUAGAGUUUCUUGGCCGUGGAACCUUCGGACAAGUAGUCAAAUGCUGGAAACGUGGCACUAAUGAGAUUGUGGCUAUCAAGAUCCUAAAAAACCACCCUUCUUACGCCCGGCAAGGCCAGAUUGAAGUGAGCAUCCUGGCUCGGCUGAGCACAGAAAGCGCGGAUGACUACAACUUUGUCCGUGCUUACGAAUGCUUCCAGCACAAGAAUCACACAUGCUUGGUAUUUGAAAUGUUGGAGCAGAACCUCUAUGAUUUCUUAAAACAAAAUAAAUUCAGUCCCUUGCCCCUUAAGUACAUUCGACCAAUUCUCCAGCAGGUAGCAACUGCCCUAAUGAAGCUGAAAAGCCUGGGACUGAUUCAUGCUGAUCUCAAACCAGAGAACAUCAUGCUGGUAGACCCAUCCCGACAGCCGUAUAGGGUCAAGGUCAUAGACUUUGGUUCAGCUAGCCAUGUGUCCAAAGCUGUGUGUUCUACUUACCUUCAAUCCAGAUACUACAGAGCCCCUGAAAUCAUCCUCGGUUUACCCUUUUGUGAAGCAAUCGAUAUGUGGUCAUUGGGAUGUGUCAUUGCAGAGCUGUUCUUGGGCUGGCCCUUGUACCCGGGAGCUUCAGAGUACGAUCAGAUUCGCUACAUUUCACAGACGCAGGGCUUACCAGCAGAGUAUUUGUUAAGUGCAGGGACAAAGACCACGAGGUUUUUCAACAGGGAUACAGACUCACCAUAUCCCUUGUGGAGGCUGAAGACGCCAGAUGAUCAUGAGGCAGAGACGGGAAUUAAGUCAAAGGAAGCGAGAAAGUAUAUUUUCAACUGUUUGGAUGAUAUGGCACAGGUAAACAUGACAACGGAUUUGGAAGGAAGCGAUAUGUUGGUGGAAAAGGCAGACCGGCGGGAGUUCAUAGAUCUGUUAAAGAAGAUGUUGACGAUAGACGCGGAUAAGAGGAUAACACCCAUUGAAACUCUGAGCCACCCUUUUGUCACCAUGACGCACUUGCUCGACUUCCCUCACAGCACACAUGUCAAGUCCUGCUUCCAGAACAUGGAGAUUUGCAAGCGGCGGGUGAAUAUGUACGACACGGUGAACCAGAGCAAGACGCCAUUCAUCACCCACGUAGCCCCAAGUACAUCGACCAACCUGACCAUGACUUUUAACAACCAGCUGAACACAGUCCACAACCAGACCACCAACCUGGCUCCCACCUCCUCCAGUGCCACUAUUUCCUUAGCCAACCCCGAGGUCUCCAUACUAAAUUACCAAUCUGCACUCUACCAGCCCUCAGCGGCGUCCAUGGCUGCGGUGGCCCAGCGGAGCAUGCCCCUGCAGACGGGAACAGCGCAGAUCUGUGCCCGGCCUGACCCCUUACAGCAAGCCCUCAUCGUCUGCCCACCAGGCUUCCAAGGGUUACAAGCCUCCCCUUCGAAGCACGCUGGGUACUCGGUUCGGAUGGAGAACGCCGUUCCCAUUGUCACUCAGGCUCCUGGGGCCCAGCCUCUUCAGAUCCAGCCAGGACUCCUCGCACAGCAAGCAUGGCCCAGUGGCACUCAGCAGAUCCUGCUCCCCCCCGCCUGGCAGCAGCUGACCGGAGUGGCCACCCACACCUCUGUCCAGCACGCGACCGUCAUCCCGGAGUCCAUGGCAGGCACCCAACCGCUGGCAGACUGGAGGAACACGCACGCCCACGGCAGCCACUACAACCCCAUCAUGCAGCAGACCACGCUGCUGGCCAGCCACGUGGCCCUGCCCGCCGCCCAGCCCGUCAACGUGGGUGUCGCUCACGUCAUGCGCCAGCCGCCCGCCGCCGCCUCCGCCAGGAAAAGCAAGCAGCACCAGUCGGCUCCACGCAAUGCAUCCACCUAUGAAGUUUCAUCCUCUCAGUCCAUCAGCUCGCCCCAGCGGUCGAAACGAGUGAAGGAGAACACCCCUCCCCGCUGUGCCAUGGUGCACAACAGCCCUGCCUGCAGCACCUCGGUCACCUGCGGCUGGGGCGACGUGGCCACGAGCAGCACGCGGGAGCGGCAGCGGCAGACGAUCGUCAUCCCCGACACCCCCAGCCCCGCCGUCAGCGUCAUCACCAUCAGCAGCGACACAGACGAAGAGGAAGAGCAGAAGCAUGCACCCACCAGCACCUUGUCCAAGCAAAGGAAGAAUGUCAUCAGCUGUGUCACCGUGCAUGACUCCCCCUACUCCGAUUCCUCCAGCAACAACAGCCCUUACGCCGUGCAACAUCGCACAGGGCAGAAUAACGGGAACAGCUACGACACCAAAGGGGUUCCAGAGACUCACUGCAGUGGGAACCCCCGAACGAUCAUCGUGCCACCACUGAAAACCCAGGCCAGUGAGGUGUUGGUAGAGUGCGAUAGCCUGGCACCAGUCACCACCAGUCACCACUCAUCCUCCUACAAGUCCAAGUCCUCCAGCACCGUGACCUCCACCAGCGGUCACUCUUCAGGGAGCUCGUCUGGAGCCGUUGCCUAUAGGCAGCAGCGACCAGGAGCACAUUUCCAGCAGCAGCAGCCUCUUAAUCUAAGUCAGGGCCAGCAGCACAUCUCGACCGACCGCACAGGGAGUCACCGGAGACAGCAAGCCUACAUCACUCCAACGAUAGCUCAGGCCCCGUACUCUUUCCCGCACAAUAGCCCCAGCCACGGUACAGUUCAUCCCCACCUGGCCGCGGCUGCCGCUGCUCACCUGCCCACCCAGCCCCACCUGUACACAUACACCGCCCCCGCCGCCCUGGGCUCCACGGGCACCGUCGCGCACCUGGUGGCCUCGCAAGGCUCCGCCCGGCACGCGGUGCAGCACACCACCUACCCCGCCAGCAUCGUCCACCAGGUCCCCGUCAGCAUGGGCCCGCGCGUCCUGCCCUCGCCCACCAUCCACCCGAGUCAGUACCAGGCUCAGUUUGCCCAUCAGACCUAUAUCAGUGCUUCUCCAGCCUCCACAGUCUACACUGGAUACCCACUGAGCCCCACCAAGGUCAACCAGUACCCUUACAUCUAAACACUGGAAUAAAGAGCAAGAGACGCACCCAUCCCGGGGGGAGUGAGGCAGCCGCUUUUGUAUUGAAGAACAUGACAAACUAACAAUGCAAUGGGAGGCUCGUGUGAAACUUGAACGAAGGAGACUUUAGGAAGAAAAGAAAAAGAGGAAAGAAGGGGGAAAACCAAUUCUACAAUUUUUAUUUAAAAAAAAAAAAGAAAAUGGAAAAAAAGAACAGAAAAAAAAAUAAACCACAAAAAAAACCCAACCAUUCUGCACCAAACUAGAGAGAAAGAGAAAAGGAGAAGGACCCUCCAGCGGGUCCUGUCUUUUGAAGAACUUCACCAACAGACUUUUAAAGGUUAUUUUCAUCCAAUAGUGAGCUACAUUUAGAAAUUUGUUGUCCAGAACACCUAAAAUUAAAUCCGUUAGGUUUUUAAUCCUGUAGGUAUAUGGAUUAGGGAUUUAUCCAGCAUUUCAAAGGGUUUAAACAGCAGUUUUUGUAUCUCAAAGUAUAUAUAGAUUCAGGGGGAUUUGUAGUGGAAAAAGAAAAUGGGUAAGGGAGGCUGAGGGUGGAGGACAAAACAUUGUCCCAGUGCUCUAAACUUGGACGUAACACUGCUACACUUAAACACACCUGGGCAAAAUAGUCCAUGCAGCACUGGUUGAGAGCAGAAGCAAUGGGAGUGUUUCUCCCUCUACUUGAACACACUGGAUAAAUCCCUGAGAAAUGCUAUUCCUAAACAUGAUCUCUAAUAAUGUAUGUUGGAUUUCAGUUGCUUUUUUUUUUUUUUUAGGGAUUUUUGUUUUGGUUUGGUUUGGGUUUUUUUGGAAGUGUUCCUUUUCAAUCCCUAGCCAUUUUAGUAUAGGAGGAGACAUUUUAGCUGCCCCCAACCCCCUGUCCCCAGCCCCGGUAGAAUGUAGCACUAUACAGGUCAUACCCCUUUUUACUCUUUUAUGUUGAACUUCAACGAUACCAAUAGACUAUUCCUCAAUGUGAUUGCACAAAGAAAAGUGAUAUAACAUAGGCAUGUAACAAUGUGAUUGUCCAGGUGUGUGUGUGUGUGUGUGAGUGCAGAUGCUGCCUUCUCUCUGUGGUGUGUUCCUCGGCACAGCCAUUACAACUGUCACAGUCUUAGUUUUACAUCAUUCCCUCGUAGUGCCUUACCAAACUACAGACGCGGUUUAAGGGUUUACUUCCACUGGUACUCCUAGAAACUGACUGAGGCUAGUCGGAAUUUACUCUCAGCUCUUUUUCUUUCUUUUUCUUCUUCUUCUUAUUUUUUUUUUUUUUUGUUUGUUUGUUUGGUUGGUUGUUUUUUUUUCGGUUGUUACUGCCGAUUUUCUCCUGCUGGUGGUGUUGGGUUUUUUUCCCAUGUCGUCAAUCGUAGCUCACUUGGCGAGGUGUUGGGGAGGCUCGUUGGGGUCAGAAAUGCGUAUAGCUGGGUGUUUUGUCAAGCACUGGAUGGGCUGGAAGCAACCAUGUCAGCUGUGAGGACCCAGAGGGUCUGGGGACUCAUUUGUGGACUGGUCUGUUUUUGUCCUGUUGAAAUAGCAGGUUUCCUCCCUGGAAACUUAAUUCUCAUUCUGCUGUUUGCCGAUGUUCUUGAUGGAGUGGGAGUGGAGUGUCCACCCUCAUCAUCAGGUUGUCCUGGUCAUGUGUUUGAAAUGGGAACAAAAAUUUAGUCCUUGAUAGGGGGAAACACUAGUUUUUGCCAACAUCUCUCACUGUGUCUGUUGAUGAGAAAAGGUCAUGAAAGGGCUGGAGUCCCAAAGCAAACAUGAAAAAAUCCAGUUGAGAGAGUCAAUCUCAGGUUUCUUAAGUGAAAAGAGUAUUGUAAUACAUAGAGCCUUACCCACUCUAACAUAGCUGUGACACUGUGUGCCUCCCCUGCUCUCUUUUCACCUACACCCUGAAAAACUGCCUGCAGUGGCAGAGUGACCCUGGAACUGGAGAGCAGGUUGGUCCUCCACACCAAGGAAUGCUACAUGGUCAUUUUGUUUUCCAGCAGUUUCUACAGAGAGCCUUUCCUGUCACUGGUUUUGUUCAGCGGGGAGUUUCCCUAGUAAUUGCACUUGCACUGGUGCAUCAGUACUAUCAUGCCUGUGGAUGUCCUGAGGAGGAAGGAGAGAAAGGAAUUUGGUAGAACGUUUCCAUGAAAGCUGAAGUCUAUGGGACUGCUCAGUUCCACUCUACAUUUCCUUGUAACUAGAGCAUGAAGUAAUCAGGUGUUUUGCAAGAUGCUGGAAAAUAGCAGGUUUGUUGGCAGAGUGGUGAGGGAUGGGUUCCCUGAGUGGCAGUGAGGAAGAAGGCUCUCUCAGGAUGGAAAAGCUGGUAGAAAGACAAGCACAAAUAUAUUGUUUCCUGGUAAGUGCUUGGCUGGCCUGGAAGAUGAAGAUCCUGCUAUGCAUAGGCUGCUCAGCAAGGCUAUUGUCUUCUGGCAAACCACCAAAUAACAUUCCUGGUUGCCAGCUCUGGUUCCUGGGCUACUCUUGCACAGUUUUCUUCUCCUCCCUGUCCUUCAUUCCAGCUCAAUAUACUGUAGAUGAGGAUGCAAUCUCCCAGCAGCCUAUGCACCUUACCCCUGCUCUUUUGGAAAGACAAGUCCCCUUUCAUCUGAGGCAGGAAAAGAAAGCCCUGCUAUCUCUCUUGCAUUCCUCUCCUCUCUCACCAGUUUGGGAGCGAGAGCGUCAUGCUGCUUUAGUCAUGAAAAGGAAAGAUAAUGUUAUUUUAUUGUAUGGUUGUUAUGAUUAUGAUUAUUAUUUUAUUAUUAUUAUAUUUUACUCUGGGUUUUAAUUGCACACGCAUUCCUUAAACUUUGUGGGUUUUUUUUUCUCUUAUUGUUGUUAUUGUUGUUAAUUUUAUUUCUCUUCAUCAGUGGCAUUGGAAGGGUUACUGUGAUUGUGAGAACUGCAGGAGGAAGGAGAAAUGAGAUUAUUCCGAUGAUGAAAACUCUGCCACUAAUCUGGGGGAGUGGGACCGCUCAGUGAGAGUGGUUACAGCCUUGAGGAACAGGAGUUACCCUCUGGGUCACAUCUGCGUUUCAGAAUAAGUCCAGAAACAUUAAUUCAGAGGCCAACACCUGACAGCAGCUAAGAUAAUUAUCUGUGAGGAGAGCUGGAUCAAAGAUAGGUAAGGACCUUAGUGCCCUGGGGUCCAGCUCAACAUCCCUUAGUUUGAAAGGAUGUUUAGAUAAGAUGAAGACUUAUUCAUGCUCCAAGCCAUGAUCAUUGCACCCUUGCAAAAAACACAAGGCCACACUACAUAUUAAGGGUUCAGUUUUCCUAAAGGAGGACACAGAGGGAUGGCUCUCCAGAAACUGGGCUAUCGAGGGAGCAGCGGCAGAGCCGCAAGGGUGGCUCUCAGUCCCAUCACUGGAUAAGGCACACUGGCACACACUGAUGGCAUUAGCUGGGUAAAGCAUAGCUGCAGACUGGGCAGUGUUCCUCAUCUGCUCUUCCACUCUCACUGAAGACUAGGUGUCCACAGGCCAGGAUGCUUGGUUUGAUUUUUUUCUUUGUUCCUGAUGUAGAUUUUCCCUUCUUCUACAUUUAUUUCUUGUGGAAUUUUGUUAUGCUAUUCUGGUUGCUACAGUUUAGGUAUUUAUGGUUUGAUUUGCAUCCCCUGCUUUUUUAGAAUAGGGGGAAGCAGUGACUGAAUUCAAAUUCCAUUGAAAAAUUACAGAGACUUCAGCAGAGACUAAAAGUUAAUCAUGCACUUGAGCGCUUUGCAAAAGAACUUCAAGUUAAAUAUUUAUGUAUGUGCUCCUCUGGCCUAAGAUUUGCCAGCGUGGAAAGUUGCAAUCUCAAUCACAGUAAUGUUUUACUUGUAUUAAUUGCAUUUUCCCUGUGUAUCCAUCUGGCCUGCUCUCCCACAUGGGAUAAGAUCUGAUUCUGGAAGGUAUUUGGCAGUGGAACUGUUACAACAGCACAGGCUGGCAGAGAGAAGGGUUACGCUGCAUAACAGAGGAGCCACCUUUCAGAUUGUUCAACCUGGAGUUGCUGGUCUGCCAGACAGUCGUGGUGAUGGGAUGCUGAUUACAAGAGAUGCACAGCACAGCCAUCACAUUGCUUGAUGGUGCAACACUGUGUGAGAGCUGUGUUUUCUGGUGGGUAUAAGGGAGCUGAGCAACACCUUUUCCCUCACACCUGUAUAAGGGAAUUGUAUGGAUGAAGGUGUCGUUGGUCAUAGGGGAAACACAGUCAUUUCAGCAGAGGAAGUAAAAGCUUUGCAUGCUGUCAGUACCACACACAUAAUAAUAGCCAGCUGGUUUUGCUUGCAGAGUCCUUUGGAGAGGAAAUGGGAUUGGCAUGGUUUGGUUCAGUUGGUGUUCCUUGUGUGCAUGGAGUAAAUGGUGUGGAAACUUGAGGGGGUAGGAGAAUGUUUAGAUACUGGAAGUUUUAUGGGUGGCUUAUGGCUGGCAGAGUGAAAAAGUGGUUCUUUUCCCCAUCAUGUCCUCUUGCAUUCUGCUUGUGCAGGAAGUAGAAGGGAGCACAGACAUUGUCUCUCCUCAGGAGGAUGUUCUGUUGCCUCCUAUGAGGUCAGAAUGCAGUGAGGAGGGUAGAGAACCACUAACAGGAGCAGACUGGAAAACCCAAAUGGAAGCGCAUCUCACUGUAGAGUGGUCAAGUCCAGUCAUUUGAGAGUGCAAAUGCAAUUGCAUCUUCCCUGGCAGGUUUUAUCUGCUUGUACCCAACAAACUGGGCUUUGGCAGGUCUCUAAAUCUCUCUCUCUAGUAGUUUUGGUGUAAUAUGUAAAACAUUCCAAGAAAGGGACUCUUUUGACUGUGACAUUUUUCCUUUCUUUUUUAUACAUUCAAGAGGUUGUGUAUUGUAAUUUGGUUUGAAAGCAAUUCCAUUAGCAAAUUUGAAGGGCAAUAAACCUGUUUUUUUCUUUAACCAAAGAUACUUUUUUUUUUUUUUUAAGAGAGAAAGAGACUCCCAUCUACUCCAGAAAUUAAAUGAAGCCACGAGUUAUGAGCACCAGGCAAUGAGGAUACACCACGGAACUCAAUCUUUCCAUUCACUUUUUUUUUUUUUCUCUCUCUCUCUCGAGUUUCUGACAUCUUUUCAAGUAGCUAGCUUGAUGAGCAGAGAAAUUCACACUAAAUAUUGCUGCUAUCCUAAACUGUAGGGGAUGUCAAAAAUGUUUUUCUUCUCUUGUUAUUGUUCAUAUUGAUUUAAGUGUUUUAGUGGUGACAUUGCAGUGUGCAAAUGGUGAGCUGUGUAGUGGGGAUAAGCUUCUGGAUGCCCUGCAUGCUUCUGUAGUGUCUCUUCUGGAUUUAGGACACUGGUUUUGUUCUGUGGGUUCAUAAAAUCAUAGAAUAUGCUGAGUUAGAAGGGACCUAUCAAGAUCAAGUCCAACUCCUGGCCCUGCACAGGACACCCCAAGAAUGACACCAUGUGCCUGAGAGCAUUGUCCGAAUGCUUCUUGAACUCUGUCAGGCUUGGUGUUGUGACCACCUCCCUGGGAAGCCUGUUCCAGUGCCCAACCACCCUCAGGGGGAAAGACCUUUUCCUGAUAUCCCAAACAGUGAUGCCGCGGUCAGGCCAGACACAGCUGGGCAAGGGUGUUGGACUUAGACUUGUGUUCUUCCAUGGCUUUGUAAUCAUUAGAGAUCUUCAGUGCUACUUGUGGGCCAAAUCCUGGAUACCUGUAUGCAAGGUCUGCUGUGGGUAGGCAAUACAGACAGAAAAGGUAUGGGAAGGGAAUGUGUUCCCUCUUCCUGUUAACAUAGGAAUGUCCCUGACAUUGGUCCCAUUUGAUGUGUGAGCUUCAAAGCAGUUGAUCUGAGGUCCUGGGCACUUACCUAUGUCACCCUCCUGGUGCUCCUGUGAGAAGGACCUGUGUCCAAAGUACCUGGAAUCCCCAGCUUACUUCUCAAGGCCCACUUCUGUGCCUACAAAUCAUUUUUCUCCCUCCAGACACAGGGAGGAGAUGGUUCUCUGCUGCUGAGGUUCCCCCACUGCCGUACUCCAAUAAAGCUGCCUCUGAUGGCGGUGACAAUUUCACCCUGGGUUGCAGAUGCUAAGUGAGGUGCUCAAAGAAAUGGUGCCAGUCCUGUUGUUAGUGGCUGUGCAUAGACUCCUUGCAGGAGUAUUGCACUGGAUAAGAGGAGCUGGGCUUUCCAGGCUGGUCUCCAUCCCUCUUCCAUCCUCACCACUAGCUGUGUGCAUAUUGCUGUGAUGCCACCAUGCCCACCAGGCACCCCAUGCACACAGCAAGACCCACAGCAGGGGUGGCCCCUGGAAGGAAUGCCUGGCAGUGUGCAGAGGAGCUCUGCUCACAAUGACUCUGUGCUCAAGGGCUCCUUGUCUCCUGUGACAAAUGUGAUUGCUGUGAGGGACCCCAGAGGCAGUGGUUACCUGUGAGGAGCUGCUGAUGCAGGUGGAGGUGUGAGAACCGGUCAGGAGGCAAAAUGAGCUGAGUUCUGCACGUGUCAAAUGCUUUCAGUGCGAAGACAUGGUUUUAGAGCAUUUGUGUGUGUUGAGAGUGAAAUUUGAACGAUAGAUUGGCUUGGUUCUUCAGAAGUCUUAGGAAGCAUACUAGGAGGUUUUGCAUUCGGCAUUUGUGGUUUGAAACUCCUGUUUCUCAUUUACGGGUUAGCUUUGUCCUUCCAGUUUUAGCAGUGCUGCUAUAACAGACUAUUCAUGUGUGUUUGAAGAUAAAGUUUUGUUUUUAAUCUUUUGCUUAUCAUAGUUAAUCUAAGAAAGGCAAUACUAAAGGUAUAUUUUUUUCCAAAAAUGAUAUUUUUUACUGCACUGAUAAAUAUUGUGACAUCUCUGUUCUUAACUCUUUCGCUGUGAGGGGAACUGUGCAGAUUCACACAUACCUUGUAAAUAUUUGUGUGUACUUCUGACAGCCAGGGAUCGAUCUUCCUUCCUUCCUUAUUUCCUUCCUUCCUUCCUUCCUUCCUUCCUUCCUUCCUUCCUUCCUUCCUUCCUUCCUUCCUUCCUUCCUUCCUUCCUUCCUUCCUUCCUUCCUUCCUUCCUUCCUUCCUUCCUUCCUUCCUUCCUUCCUUCCUUCCUUCCUCCCUUCCUCCCUUCCUCCCUUCCUCCCUUCCUCCCUUCCUCCCUUCCUCCCUUCCUCCCUUCCUCCCUUCCUCCCUCCCUUCCUCCCUCCCUCCCUCCCUUCCUCCCUCCCUCCCUCCCUUCCUCCCUUCCUCCCUUCCUCCCUUCCUUCCUCCCUCAUUUCCUCCCUCAUUUCCUUCUUCCUCUUCUUUCUUUCUUUCAAACAAGGUUUCCUCUUUGAAACAGAAAGCAAUGGGGCAACAAUGCUCAGCAAAAGCAAAGCUUAUCCCACUUUCAGAACAUAGCCAAGGAGUUUUUGCAGUGCUGGCAUAGAGUUAAGUAUUUAAGCCAAUGUCUUUUGAUUUUUCAGCAAACUGUUUGGAAAGGAAUAAGACGGAUAGAAAAGCUUUAGUCUGGAAUUCUGAUCAGAAAAGUUACCCGUCUAUUUUAUGGCAUUUUUUCUUAUGUUUUCCUUUUCUUUAAAAAAAAUAUAUAUUAAAAAUUAAAAAAGGCUUGUUGCAGGCUUGCUUGCCUGAGCUCUAGGCUGGUUGGCGGCUGUUCUGGGAGUGCCUUGUGCUCCGGGACCGCUGGCUCCUUUGGAAGCAAACCCACUGAUCAGGAUUCUGGAUUCUGAUUGCUCCAAUGGGUAUCCCCUGGUACUGUGGGAUACUUUUGCUUUUUUAAAAGAAGGAUUUAAAUACACUUACAUUACGCAAACUGUGACCUAAUGGCAAUAAUUACCUCAAAUGUGGGCAUUCAUCCUGGUUUUAGCCUUUCUGAAAUCAUGUAGCCAGCUUGAACUUUGAUUCAAAGACUCUGAACUCCAUAGGGGCGGAAUAGCGAUAAAUGCCCACCCUGGUCAUUGUUGCUUGAGUGAAUUCUGAAGACAGUGAAUCUUUAAAAAGAAAAAAAAUUAAACCAAGGAAUAGAUUACUCUUUUAUGUAUUUUAAUCAAUUGUGAUGUUAAAAUGCACAUGUAAGUAUAUAUGUUUAUAGCUACUGUAAAAUGCUUUGGCCUUCUAGAAGAUAUUUAAUGAGUCACAUUUUAAACCAAUAUGAACUGAACAAUAGACUGUGGCUACUUAAACAGUUUUCUGGCUACAUUUUAUAGUUAUUACAGUGUUUUAUAGUUUACAUUUAAACUGGUACUUUUUAAGGGAAAUCUUGUGUUUUUAAGUGACACCUUCAAAAACUCAGUACAGCUGCCUCUUUUUUAAUUUUGCCCGUUAAAAAUGGAAAAGUACAAGUGUGUUUUUAAUAUGUAUAUUCUGUUUUGAGAUAUAACAUAGUGUUGGAAAGUCAGUCCAGAGAUGAAGUAAUCCAAUGUAUUCCAAAAUCUGAUUGAACAAAAACACUCCACCCGCUUUGAAGAUUUAGUUCAAGAGAUAAGCUAUUUGUUUGCUUGUUUUAAUAACAUGCUUUAUCAGGCCUCCCUGGGUUGGAGCAGGGAGCACUGUACAAAAUUCACUGUUCUAUGUUAAGAUCCUCAUCUGGAUGAAGAUACCCACAUCAGGAGAAUGAAGGAUAUUCGUAAGAAGGAUUGUAUUGUACUGUUGAUAAAUCAUUAGCCAAACAAAUAAUUCCUGAGUUAGUGAAUGCUUGAUUUCUUUGGGGGAUGGGGGGACGGGGGGUUGUUUCUAAGUGUGUGUGUGUGUGUGUGUGUGUUUAUGUGAGCCACUCAGAGGCAAUGCUGUAAUUUGGCUUUCAUCUGUUCACCCCUUUCUUACAAAUGAUGCUCACCACCACAGAAAUGUGUUAAACCAGUAAACAAAAUACAAAGUUCACUGACCAUCUCCUUGUCAACUCUGUUUUCUCAGCACAUGCCAGUCCCCAUUAAUGCUGUUCCCCACUGCUGCUACCCUGUACUUUGCAUUUUGAUAUAUCAUAUUCCCCACUCCCCAGUCUCACUUAGCUGUCAAGUUUCUUCUGUUGUGUUCUCUCAUUUGGGUAAUCAAUGAACAUGGUAUAAAUGUCUGCUGGGCAAAAUGGUACUUCGAGGUCCCAAAAGUACAGGAAUUGGCAUGUAAAAAUAUGUAUACGUACAUCUGGGCUUCGGCUGUGGAGCUGGGGUGCUCACGGGAGGACUCCUUUCGUGUUUCCACUGUGCCUGAGGGGGUUGUAUUUGUCCUCUCUGCAGAGGUGGUGGAAAGGAGCAAUGGGCGAUGCUUUGCAGCUGGGCACCGGUGCUGCUCUCAGUACAAUCAGAGCCGUGGGGCCGGGGAGUGCAGCCCGCCUCCUCCUCCUCCUCCUCCUCCCUCGGCCCCAUUCCGGUGUUUGCCGUUCCUGCCUCGCCGGCCGCAUUCCCAAAGCCAUCAGGUGUCAUAUGGCAAGCCAGGAGUGCCAGCAGCACUGGGGCCAGCUGGAAAACAUCCACCGGCCCUCACUGUGCACCACCACUCAGUCAACAGGCUUCACUGCCGCCGGCUCCUGCCGGCUCCCUGUUCUCCUGGGCAGAGUCACACUCAGCAACACCAGCACACUCAAGGAGCCACAGAGUCUUGUUGAAUACCUUGGCUUACAGCUUGUUAGGCAAGAAGGGGUUUCCAACACUGGCAACACACAUCCCAUAAGAUCUGAAUGGUUACAUACAACACCUCUGCCCUCAGCAAGGAAAGAAAGCGCUUCUGCAACGCUUCCACCUCACAUGGUUACAUACAACACUUCUGGCUUUUCUUUUCCCCUGUUAUCCCUUAUGUGUUUGAUUUUUUAAUUUUCUCUAUAUAUUUUUUACUCUAUAUUCUUGAAACAAAACUUCCACACAUAUUCCAGGGCACAACCAUUUCAGGUGUAAAAAAGGAUCUCCACAUCCCAUGUUUCACCAACAAAGCAAUCAAGGCGUUUUGGGUACCAGAUUCUACUUGGGCAGAACUAGAAUGUAGCCUGUAUAUUUCAUACCAAAUCCAAUUUAUGAAAGGAGAGGAAGUGUCAUUAAUAGCUUUAAUAAAGGAGUGUGUGUGAGAGAGAGAGAGAGAAAGAGAGGGAGUGAGAAAGAGAGAAGAACGAGGGGCAUCUUGGAAGUUGAAAAGUCUAGUUUUCAGGUAGUUAAAAUGAACCAAUGGGUGAAACAUUUUUUUAAAUGAGUUGUAAAAUCCUUUUAAAAACAGAAGGGGUGAAGUGGAGGGAACAUUUUAUGCCUUUCAACUGCCCACGAGCCCAGCAUACUCUGGAUGGAAAGUGGAAGUUAAUAUACACUGCACCAAAAUUAUUAAGGGAAGGUGGGGGCAGAGCUGUGAAACACUAUUGCAGUCACAAGGGAAAAGAUGCCCCUGCCCCAGCUCUGGAUCUCAAGCGGUUCUUUCUCUACAGUAUCAUCUCAGCCCAGUAACCCCACGAAAGCCCUGAGCCGUUGUGUUCCUUCACUGUACGGUUUCUGUAAUAAGAGUGUUAAUCCAUGUUAAUCUUUGUGAAAAUUCUUGUGUGCAACAGUAUUUUAUUGUGUACUGCUUUUUACCUAUGUGAAUUGUCCCUUUCUGUUUUCUUUUUUUUCUUUCCUUCCUCUUUUUUCUUUUUUUUUUCUUUUAGUAAUAUGUCUUUCUUCUUUUAAAAGAAAAAACAAAAACAAACUGAUGUGUUGUAGACCUAUAUGUAACCUAUUCCUUAGUCUCAUAUUAUAGGUAUGUUAUAAGAAUGGAUAUUUUACUUGGCUUUAGAAUGUUUUACAAGAAAACUAAUUCUUAACCAAUCAAGUUCUUGCUACUAAAAAAAAAAAAUGCUUGUGUUUUUCAUCAUGACGUUGUGUGCUUCUAAUUAAUAAUCAUUUUCGUUGUAGAAAAAUGGAGUGAAUUUAUAUUAGUCUUGGAAACUAAUAAUAGCAUUGUAAAUUUAUGAGAUGAUUUUAACAGAAAAUACAUUAUAGAAGAAUAUAGUUAUUUUAAUUGUAAUAUUACUAACUGUAGGGUGAGAAAGGAGGUCCCGUUGUGGUGAACUAUGUUAUAGCUUGUUAUUCACGGUUUCUUUUUGAUCAUUUUUUCGGUCUCUGAGGUGAAACGAGUUAUUAAUCAGAAUUUGUCAACUCACAUAUGCAUAUUGUAUAUGUGUAGAAAUGUAAUCACACUUUGUCUUGGAAUUACAUUAAACUGUUUUAAGUCACUGCAAA